UCCUUUGUCACCACACUUACAUACUUUCAAUCUGUCUCCUCGCCAUUAGUUUUCAAACCUGCACCUCCCACUAUUUCUGGUUAUAAAGCCUUACUUCCCCAACACAUUCCUACACCCUCCUCACCUUUUGACAUUGUCCCUAAUUGGAAAGCCUUUUGGUCACUUCAAAUCACACAUCGCUCCCACAACAUCUGGUUCCGCUUCCUACACAAAGCCAUCAACACUCGCUUCUACCUACACCAAAAAUUACCGAAGCUCAUCACUAGCCCUCAAUGCAUUUACUUCAAAUACAGAAUUUGGUGUCACAUCCUCUCCACAUAUAUCGAUCCUUCUCUUACCGCUCCUUCAAUUCACCUCUUACGACAACUCCUCAAUCUUCGUACCGUCAUCAGUCGCUCCAGUCAUUCUGCAUUCCCAACCCUAUCCACACAACAAAUCUGCGAUAGCGCAUUGGAGGGUCUAUGGUCCAGCCAUUGGCGUUCGGUUUUUGAUUCUACACCCUUCACCUUUCCUGCUGUAUUCUCCAUAAUCAAACGCUUGCUGACUAAUCAAUCCGAUGAACAAGAACCAAUACUUUUUGACUGA